AUGGCAGUGGGCAAGAACAAGCACCUUACGAAAGGUGGCAAAAAGGGAGUCAAGAAGAAAGUGGUUGAUCCAUUUUCUAAGAAAGAUUGGUAUGAUGUGAAAGCACCACCUAUGUUCAAUAUAAGAAAUAUUGGAAAAACACUGGUCACCAGAACUCAAGGAACCAAAAUUGGGCACAACAAUGGCAGGUCAAAGCCUUGCAGCAAAAGAAGGCCGAUAGCACAAGUGAAGGCCCAGGGCAAGCAGAGGACCAACGUGUUUGUGGUAAGAAAAAAUUCAACUCAUGUGCGGAUGUCCCUGUCCCGCGAGCUCUGA